AUGAAAGUAAUCAUAUCUGCUUUUUCUGAUCUAUUUCAAUCUCCUCUCUCCCUAUCCGCUACCUCUCUCUUCUAUAUCACUAUUUCUCUCUCCUUCCCCAAUUCUAUCUCCUUUUUCUCUCCCUCACCUAUUCUCUCUCCAUCCCCUCCUUCGUACACUGCUCUAUCUCCUCUCUCUCUAUCCUCCACCUCUCUCUUCUAUAUCACUAUUCUCUCUUGCUCCCCUAUUCUCUCUGUCUCCUAUUCUCUUUCCUUUCUCUCUCCAUCCCCUAUUCUCCCUCCUUUCUCUCUCCCUCUCCUUUCUUUCUCUACCCCCUCCUUCGUACUCUGCUCUAUCUCCUCUCACCCUAUCCUCAACCUCUCUCUUUCUACAUUAUUUCUCUCUCCUGCCACCAUUUUCUCUCCUUUUUUCUCUCAAUCUCCUAUUCUCUUUCCAUCCCCUGCUUCGUUCUCUAUCUCCUCUCUCUCUAUCCUCCACCUAUAUCCCUAUUUCUCUCUCCCUACCCUAUUCUCUCUCCUUUCUCUUUCCUUUCCUUUCUCUCUCCAUCCCCGCCUUCGUACUCUCCUUUAUCUCCUCUCUCCCUAUCUUCCACUUCUCUCUUCUAUAUUAUUAUUAAUCUCUUGCCACUAUUCCCUCCAUCCCCUAUUCUCUAUCCUGUCUCUAUUCGUCCCCUCCAUCGUACCCUUCUCUCUUUCUCUCUCUCUCUCUCUCUCUCUCUCUCUCUCUCUUUCUCUAUCUAUCUAUCUAUCUAUCUAUCUUGCAUCUCUCUCUUCUAUGUCACUAUUACUCUCCCUCUUCUCUUUUCUAUCCUUUCUCUUCCCACCCACUCUAGCUCCUCUCUGCCCCCUCUCUCUCUCUCUCUCUCUCUCUCUCUCUCUCUCUACUUACCCUGGUCUAUCUCCUCGCUCGCUUCUAUAUCACUAUUUCUUCCUCUCUUCCCUAUUCUCUCCUUUCUCUUUCCCAUCCCUACUCAAGUUUCUUUCUCCCUACAUUCCCUGCUCCAUCUCCCGUCUCUCUAUAUCUAUCUAUCUAUCUAUCUAUCUAUCUAUCUAUCUAUCUAUCUAUCUAUCUAUCUCUCUAUAUAUAUAUACAUAUAUAUAUAUAUAUAUAUUAAAAAUUCGAGGCGGAUCAAUCAUGAGCUGGAUUUGUUUUAGUUCCCUAGAUGUAGGGAACAUUGAAAUAAGAGAGGAUGAAUGA